CAUAUGUACUUUAAAUGUAUAAAUAGUUCGUUGUUUAUGACUGAAUUGAACACUCUCACAACAGUCAUAAUUAAUGUUGAACAAGAUGUUGAAACUCAUUGUUAUUGCUCUUAUCCAAACUACUUUGUGCCCAGAGAGAAUUGCAGGCCAAAGUUCAAGCGGUGGCACGGUUGAUAGCUGCGAAGCCGAUUGUGGUAGCUGCCAAGGGUGCCUAUGGGUGGCUCCGAACGCAUGCUAUUCUGAUUGGGAUAUGGCAACGUGUAAUCGGUACAUAUCAUCAGGAUAUAAGUUCUGUGACUCAACGGUUGAUAAUGCAUGUGAUAAUAUCGAUUGUGGUCUGCAUGGAAGUUGCAGCACCGGUUCAUGCACUUGCUCUGCAUGGAAGUUGCAGCACCGGUUCAUGCACUUGCAAGGAUGGCUACACCGGUACUCAGUGCGAUCUGGCCCCCGAUUUGUGCGCUAGUACUGACUGCGGUGCUCAUGGAGUAUGCAAUCUGGGUGUAUGCACAUGUUCUAAUAACUACAGUGGAUUAAACUGCGACAGUGCUCCCGAUCUCUGUGCCAGUUUAGAUUGUAGUGCACAUGGCAUUUGCAAUGUUGGAUCGUGCUCUUGCACCGAUGGGUACAUGGGUACUCAAUGCAGUGUGGCACCUGAUCUGUGUGCCAAUGUCUUCUGCGGGGCAUACGGAGACUGUGAUGCUGGUGUCUGCAAGUGCACUGUUAACUAUAGUGGUAUAAAUUGUGAUAUUGCGCCCGAUCUAUGUGCGAACGUAGAUUGUGGAACACAUGGCAUAUGUAAUACCGGUCUAUGCAUAUGCAAUGAUGAUUACACCGGGCCUCUGUGUGAUGUGGUCCCUGACCUGUGCGCUAACAUUGCCUGUGGUGAGCAUGGAACAUGCGAUGCUGGUGUAUGCAAAUGCACAGAUAACUAUGGUGGUGCCAGUUGUGAUGUUGCACCGAAUCUUUGUAUUGAUGUCGAUUGUGGUCAGAAUGGUAGUUGUGAUGCUGGUGCGUGCGAAUGCACAGCCGGAUACACUGGCACGCAAUGCGAAAUAGAUAGCGAUGGCAGCGACAAUGGAAGUACUGACAGCGCAUGUGGGACGUGCAGAGGAUGUCUGUGGGUAGCACAUAAUGCGUGCUAUGUAUCGACGGAGGCCGCAUGCAACGUUUACAAAGAUGAGGGCUACACAUACUGUGGGGAGACCGAUGGUAGUGUUGACGAUGAUGAUCAAGGCGGCGAUGGUGGUGAUCAAGGCGGCACCCCUGACGCGUGUGCCACGGUGGAGUGUGGAGUGAACGGCUCUUGCGAUGCUGGCGUCUGCGUCUGUGCACAAGGAUACUCAGGUACUUUCUGUAGCGAAAAUCAAGGUGGCACCCCUGACAUAUGUGCCACGGUGGACUGUGGAGCAAACGGCUCUUGCGAUGCUGGCGUCUGCGUCUGCGCACAGGGAUACUCAGGUACUUUUUGUAGCGUCGCCGAUGAUGACAACAAUGUACCAGGGUCUCUCAGGAACUUGUUGACACAGACACAAUUUGAUGAGAUGUUCAAUCUGAGACAAGCGUCAGGUUCCUGUCAGGACGGGAUUGACAAGCUAACAUACGAAAAUCUAUUGGCAGCCGUAGAUCAAUAUUACCCAGCCUUCGCCAAUGAAGGUAGCGACGAAGCAAAACUGAGAGAAAUCGCUGCGUUUCUGGGCCAAAUUUCUCAGGAGAUCACCGGCUGGUGGGCAGGUCAGCAAUAUGGCUGGGGCUUGUGUUUCAUUUCGGAAGUGGGCUGCGAGAAUGGCUGCUCACAAUACUCAGACUUCUCUAACACGCAAUACCCACCCACUGCUGGAAGAUCGUACCACGGUCGAGGUGCAAUUCAGAUCACAUGGAACUACAACUACGGUGCUCUGAGCGAAGUGUUGUUCAAUGGUGACAAGAACGUGUUACUGGACAACCCUGACUUACUCAUAAAGGAUGGUGUCUUGGCUUUCCGUGCGUCAUUGUGGUUCUGGAUGACCGCGCAAUAUCCCAAACAAUCAUCGCACGCCGUUAUGAUUGACGCUGCCGUGGAGUGUUCUAGUGCAGGUAGAUACAACGGCUUUGGACGGACUACGAACAUCAUCAACGGGGGCCUAGAAUGUCAGAUGCCCACGCCUCAGAAGGUGCAAAACCGAGUCAACUACUACUUGAGGUACGCUAGCAUACUUCAGGUUGAUACGGGGCAACACUUGUACUGUGAUCAAAUGAUUAACUAUAACAAUAUGGGCUAUUGCUCCAAUUAGGUCAUUAGUUAAUUCAACUAGUGCACACGAAAUAAAUAUCUAUCG